CCGGUUCCUGAACUACCCCAGCCGCGGACCUCGAUCGCAGUUUCUGGCGCUUGUGUGUUUUCUGCAUAAGUUUGCGCACUACCGUUUACAGUGUAGUGGCUGCACUACCCGUAGCGAUGCGGAUGUGAGAUACCUCUGCAAUCAACGACAAGACAUGAAACUUGUGCUGGUGUUAGCGCAGGCCUGCUGGCUUCUGUGGCCAAUCGUCGUGGGACAUGAGAGCAGCAACACAACUACGGCCGCGCCCGCACCAUCUCCUACACCAGCGCCAUGUAUCACCAACGCAGACUGUCAGAGGAGGAAGAACACGGAACCGGGUUCCUUGGUCAUCUGCAACACAAGGACGCAAAAGUGCGUCUGUCACAACAGGACUCUCGUUCUGACUCAGACAUGGCGGUGCCUACCUAUGAGGAUGCUUGGUCAGCACUGCCGCCAUGACGAACAAUGCCACCAGAUUGAUUCCCACGCUGAGUGUGAGGACCACUACUGCAAGUGUGAAGACGGCUACUAUGUCUUCAACGACAUCAAUGGAACAUCCUGCAUAAGAGAUGAAGAGCUGCAGACGAUGCGUCCGUUCGGGUGGGACAAGAAGGGUGCCUCCAUGUCAGAUGAGAACAUGGUGCCAAUCAUCGUGUGCCUCGCGAUCAUGUUCGUCGGCAUGUGUGUAGCUCUGCAACUAUUUAGCAGGGCACGGUUCCGCAACCAGCGGAGCGUUUUCAACUCGCCGAACCCGAGGCUGUUGCACAUGAAAAGCGACAGCAAAAGACGCCACAGCCAUGUCAGUCUCCCAGGCGGAUCCCGAAGGCCCAGCGUCUGCUCACAACAGCUAUCGCCGAAGUUAUCUAGGCCAGGAAGCAGAGCCGGCAGUACCUGUGGAAGCCCAAACCCAAGGAGGGCUUCAGUCUUUGACCACCAUGCGCAGAACGUUGCAAAGGAUGACGGAGCGGUGGCCAACGGACCGUCAGAGUCCACCUUGCACAACGGUCCUGGCUCACCGAAGGUCAUCGUAAAUCGAUCAGCCAGUGGAAGUCGGCCACCUUCCCCGCCUCCAAAUGCUUAGGCGCCGCAGCGUUCCAGCAGGAAGAUCCCUAGCACGACCUGCAAGACCCUUUCGGCACCGUCCCCGUGGCGAAACUGGAGUACCUCCGAAUGAAACUCGUUCGACUGUCAAAGCUGUGGCUAUAUGGUGUCAAUUGCUCGACUGACUGCAGCGAAACAGAUGUUCAAGCGUCCCAACCCCCGGCCUGGAUAUGGAAGGUGUUGAGAGAUUGCUGUUCUUUGAGUGAGACCUCUGAUAUAGCGUUGCUGCCCUGGGUGGCGAGCUUUGCAUGCGUUGCAACGCCGGCGUUCUCGUAGUUUUCUGUUCACAUGGACCUUUUUUGCCGAUGGUACGUUCCCAUCAAUAAGUCGCGAUGUUUGAAUGGCGUUUUUGUCCCUUUUACCUGUACCACGUAGUUACGUGCUGAACAUUGUGGGUUGCCUGUCGCAGGUGCAGUGAUGUCGAAUAAUGCGUCGAAGGCUACAGAGCAUGUAUUCUUUUUUUGCAAAAACUGCAUGUUGGGAAAAAUUACAAUGCACAGUAAAAAAAAAGAAAAGACAAUGUGCGGUUCAUGGGUGAAUACCGCAACGGAAAAUACUUUCACACUAAGCGGAGUAAUGUCGUGAUACCACAGCACACGCGAAUACAUAAACAAUGGUUUGAGGCCGCUGUCUUCGGUGAUGUCGCUGAGAAAGCGUGCUGCUUGUGAUCCGCAUAUCGGUCUCCGAGUGUUCGCCACGGGGGUCUAUAUUACUUUCAGCUCGAUCAACGCCUUCAAAACUUACUAAAGAAAUUGCCAAGUCCGCUGCGCAGUGAAGUAGUACCCAGUACUGGAAAAGCCAUGUAUAGGGUAUAUACCAUAUCCAGCCAGAACAGCCUCUUGUUCCAUGAAGCAGUUGCAGGUUUGGUCAUUGUUGAAGCACGGGUUGGACCUUUCAAAAUUUCUUCCGCGUACAAAAUAAUUUCCACUUUGAUAGUUCGAUCGCCCUUUCUCAUGACAUAUGCCCCAUCAACGUUAGUCGCACAAUAUUCAAGGUAGAACACUAGUAUUAGCAUUGUAGACGCGUUCGCUCGACAUACGUAUAUGACAGUACGAUACUGCGAGAAUUUGAAUGCAGGAACGUCGAAAGACACAGCGUUGGGGAGUGUGGGACGAAUUUAGAAAUUUAGUGGUCAAAGCGUUCAACUGUGGGAAAAAUAUCGUCCUUUUGUUGGAUCUACUUGCAAGGCAUCAGUGUGUUCCACGAGGUAGAUUACGUGGUCUAGUACAAGACAGGGCACAUAUCAGGGUUUCCCCGCAUCCACAUGUUGUGCUUAUGAGCGGCGUACAUACGUAGACAGAUGGAGAGAGGACAGCAGGAAGGAUUGGGGGACAGGGGGGUUAGUAUGCGUCCUGAGCCGACUUCAGAGACAAUUGUGCCGAUAUUCAUCUGGAAAGUCUGCCGGAGAAGCCAGAAAAAAAACAGCACGCAACACAGCACACUUAACACAGCACGGCGGUCGGUGCCGGGAUACCCGCGACACCCCCCAAGUCUCUGCGUGGAAGGCGAUCCUCCUAAUCGCUGGCAUCAACAUGUGCGGUUGCGGGGGUACGUUUUCCAGCAUUCUAAAGAUAUCAAUGAUCCGCUUCAACUCCACUCGCGAAGCGCGCGGUUAGAGCCUUCGAGGCGGGUCAUUGACGUGGUUGUAGUCUGUUAAACUAAAAUAGCACUUGCUUCAGUGUGCACUUACUCAAUUUCUUAUUGAACCCCCCCCCCCCCCCGUUGUGUGCAUGAAUAUUACCAAAUAUCAGGUGUACCUGAGGUACAAAUGGCGCAUGCUUGGGGCGUUACUUCGGUAGAAGCUUGCCAUGGUGCAUCAUCGGCGUGGUGAACAUCGGCGUGAUGCCAGAGCUCCGCCGUCACGCUUCAGAAUAAUUUUACAUGCUGUUGCUAAGACUGCUCAUGAAAAGUAUCGCAAACCAGCAAUGCAAUGCGAGAACGUCAAUAGUGUCAUAUGUUGUUUUGCCAUCCGAGCGCCAUGUAAUCGCCCUUUUUAGUCACUUUCUUUAUCAAAUUUCUGCUAUAACCACUGAUGACAUAACUACACGUGCAGAGUUUUAGACCGGUAAAAAAUUGUCGUGACAUGAGCAAGCAUAUAUGGAAUUCCCACAACAUGUGCAGUUCACGUAACAUUUGGCUAAUGCAGUACGAUAAUCCCACGUGGCGCUUUUUGUUUUCAACGCCAUACUGCAAUGUUAAUUGACAUGGCGUCAGACAGGUUCAAGGCACAGGUUUUUCACCACUGCGUGUUUACUUGUUUUGUCGUGGGCAUGAAAGGAACUUCUUGUCGUAAUUGACAUUGAGAGAUGUGACGCGGCAGCUUUCGUUUAACUGACACUUCAUCAUCCUACAGAGUUAGUAUUGCCCUACCUCAGUAAAAUGGGUGUCUGCCAGAAGCAGAGUGAUGACCAGUUGUCAAGAAUGCAGAGGACAAUGCAGAUGGCAGCAUGACCGUCGGUUCCUGAGAUUCACGGAUGCGUGUAUCGACGCCAUGUUGAACAGCAGAUCCUUCAGUCACUCCUGUUUUCUUCACUGCAUCAUAAUAAUUCGUAUAGUGCGAUCAAAUUAUUGGGAUCCGGUUAUAUCGUGGCCUAUCAGGAUCCCCCCUAACCAGAGUUAACCCUUGCAGAGUUGUGCCUAACUCGUUACAAGUAACUCGUUACUUUCUAACGAAGUAACGAUUCAUUACAUUUAAAAAUAUGGUAAUAGUAACGGAAUCAGUUACAAAAAUUGGUAACUCGUUACUGACGUUACUCGUUCCUUUUCUUCAGCAUGGGGGAGCACAUUUCGGCACUCCGUGUGGCGCAAUGUGUGCAGGUCUGACCUGCGUUACCCACGACCACGUGUGACUCAAAGUAUUAUUGCAAUCCCUCGCUGGAUGUGUUGUUGUCUUUUCCCUUGUUUCCGUAAUCUCCGACCAUCACUCCUUCCCAAGAAUGGGGACCAAUGGACCAUUUCCAUAUUCGCGUCGCCUCUGGCGACGGAAUGUCGAACGUCGUGUCUUUCCCCCCAAUAAUGGUGACACUUUUCGGACUGUCACGUUGCGUGGGAAAGUAUAAGCAAGAGAAGAUUGGAAGAAGAAGGCGGAAAGAGUGAAAGCGCAUUGUACUCAUUACCAGACCUCAAACGCCCGCGUAACAUUGAAACCGAUUAUCUCCCCACAAUGAACAUGACAGUCGCCCGCAGGUGGGUUCAUAGCGAUGUUUUCCGCUCAAAAAUGACGGACACAGGGGCUGGGCAUGCGCAUACGCGUUGUCGGAAAAGGUCCUGGCUGCAAAAAACGCGUUUCGACUUCUAGCCUUUUCUUGUCCUUGCUAAGCUUCUGAGCGCCCUAAAUUAUGACGCAGCCCCUCAUCAGUUUUGGGGAACCGUUGGUGAUCGGUGGCACGAAAACCGGUGUCUUUUCUUGUGUUUUCAUAGUCUCCGAUCACCCCCACUUCGGAAAGAAGGGAGGGCCCAGGCAAGCUGAUAUAGACUCAUGGUAAGGGGCCGAGAAACACGGAACACGAAGGACGGACGACAAAUUAUCCGACUCAGCAAAAGGUUUAUUACAUUGACGCAUACCCAAGACGCGACGCAGAGGGGAAACAAGACAAAACGAACGGCCACUAAUCACGUUGCCACGUGUGGCGGCAUAUUUGUUGGCUCCUUUAACUAUACGGCGGUAACGUAAAAGUAACUCGUUACCUGUGAGUAACGAGAACUCGUUACUUUUGUAUGUCGGUAACGAGUAACGUAUUUAUUUACUUUUUUCUGAAGUAACGGGUAACGGUAUUUAAUUCCUUUUUUUUUUUUUUUUGGUAACGGGCACAAGUCUGACCCUUGCUUCAACGAUGACCGGUUCUAAUAGUUCCAGAGCUUUCUCACCACCCACAUCAAAAUGUAAAUACUUCUAAUAUACUCACACACUACUCAUUCUGUACAUAACGUUCCCUUCCUGUUACAAUCAUCAUGAUUUUAGAGCGUUACCCAUCCUCCUGCGACAUAGCUACAGAAAAGAAGAUUAUUGUUUUGCGACUAACUAGAGAAAGUAGACUUCGUUUCUGAGGUCUUGUAUGAUACCAUUUAGCUAGCUACAUUUCGUACUAAGUACAUCUAAACAUAGUUUUGGGAGAUAAUUAGCGUGUACUUGGUCAAGAGAAGGAGAACAAAUUUCGCGGGAGUUACACCUUGUUCUCAUUUCCGAAGAUGAAAUACGCAUGGGUAUCAGUGAUGUUGGAAUGCAAAUGACAAGCAAUCAUUGUGCCCAUGUUUCCAUAGGUAACUGCUCUAUAUAGGUAUUUGUAACCGUCUGCCUCGUCACUUCUAAUCGACCCAACACUGGCACGACCAAGCUCCUUUAACCACCAGGCGAUUGUUUGGUAGGCACACAAUGCAAAGGUGAAUUAAGUGACGUAAAAAAACCUCGUGCUCAUUGGUGUCUGCAAAUACACGUACCUACUUGAAAUGACCCCGAACAAUAUAAAACGCUGUAGAACGGUAUUUAACGGUAGCUUGAAAGACAAGUGCUUCCCUCUUGUCUGUGCCUGCGUUUCGUGUGCAUCUGCUGACAAGACUCCUGAAAAGGCUGUCGCGAACAGCACCCGGAGUUUAUAGGAGUCAUGUCACAUGAGAAGCAAGUCGGUUCGGAGUCAAGAGCGCAGUGCACAAUCCGCUCUUCACAAACCAUACACUAUGUGCCACAUUCUUACUCCAAUUCGAUCCGGCUUGAGAAGAAACCGCUUACAGCAGUGAAAGACCGACAAUUCUGUUUGAGUUAUCCAAUGUUACCUUAUUCAGGUAAAUGUUCGUGCACCUCAUUCCUCAUCAUGUCACAGCGUAGCUGUCUUCAGCGUCCUCACCCUGUUGCUCUCCCAAAGUGGCCCACCUGCCAAGCACCCACAGAAGGGUCUUGCAGCUGCACCAGGACACCGAUGAUCGUGUCCGGAUAGAAUUACCGGAGAGACGCGUUCCGCUAGUUUCGCUUCCGCACGGCGUCACCUGUUGGGCGAGACAGAAACGAAACGCUACUCGGCAGCUCUAAGGCCGUGGGCGCCCAGCGCAUGUGCAUAAACAAUUGCAAAAUGCGCAUACAUUACGGAAGCGCAGUGAGGUGGCUCCGGUUCUGUAGCAUAGGGCAUGCGCGUCCCUCGCGGUGAAUGGAGAUCGCGACAUUUAACGCGAUGUUAUCAGAGCCAGGACGCAUGUGCUUCCAAAUAAGAAGGCCCAGAAAGGAAAACACAAACAGCAACGCUUUUGCAAUGUUGAACAACGCAGUGACUUUUCUUUUCUCUUUUUCAUUUUUUCAUUUUAGUAACGGCAGCACAUGGUACUGGAAGCGCGAGUGCAUUGGGGUGGGCAAAGCAGUUCAAGGCCAUGAAUGUUCGAUACAUUGGUGUACUUUUGCAAUUCAUGAGGUUGCUUGUCAUUUGCAACAUCAUCUGAUGUAUAUCUGUGACGUAGAAAGGCAGAGGAAGUGUAUUUGCUUAUCUACGCAGUUUUUAACAUGGAAACAUCUGGGAAAAGUGGGAUAUCUAUUUAAGCGUAGAUGUGCUAAAACCUCAGUCAUAUUUCCGCAGAUGUGAGUUGAUCAGCUUUAGACACUUUCCAGCUUACUUAGGGGGCCUGUAUCAUAGCUCAAAAUAAUGCGUCAUAAUUACACACACCAUAUUGCGAUGAAAAUUAGAGCUACUCUUUGAAAGCGUGCCAUAAUUAUAGCAUCCGCUGUUAAAUUGGUUGUUAUAGCUAACAAUCAACUUGCCCUCUUACAAGAACUUUUUACCAAUAGCGAUAUCCAUUGUAAUUAUGUAUCAACGGACCGCAUAGUACGCGUCUGUGCGCCACUGCAAAAGGCCUCAGCCAAGACUGCAAUUACAGAGCCUCUGUGGAACCUCAUUUGAGCUGAUUGGUGCUAUGUAAUAUGUGCUGGAACGGGUGCGCAUCUGAACCACGUGGUCUGAAUGGUGUAAAGUGCGCUACAGAUGUAAAAAGUGUAUUUAUAUAUUUUGUGCUUGUACUCAGCUGUGAAACUUUGUGACUUUUAUUCUUUUAUAACGGUUGUUCCUGUUCCAACAGAUAGUUUUGGAGCAAUGUUGCCAAUUCAAGGCAAAGAGGAAGUCUUGUUCAAGUGUCUUGACCCUUAUGGUGGGUACUGUGAAACACGUGAAAAGACCGAUCUGUAUUCAUUUCCAAACACCAGCGGUGUAACGAGCAGGGACCCUCACUCAGUGAGAGUAAGACGUGUCCCCAUUCAGCUCGUUGUGCCACGUAAACUUCGCAGCAGGCCGUUGGCCAGUGCAACUGGGGAUAUGUCAACUGCAUGCGUACACACACUCUAUAACAAAGCGGCCAUUCACCUCGGUCGUAAAAGGCUGAACGGACUCUUUCGUCCCCCAGGCUGUUGACCCAAAAUUCGCAUUGGACCUUUAACACGUGAUACCUAACACUUUAAAUACCAUACUAAUGAUGAGGACGGUGCUCAGAAGAACAGUCUCUGUUCGAAAUACGGGCGGCUCUCGUCCUGAGGCACUCUCUUCAUACUUCCUUACCGGUUCGCAGGAUUUCUACCCGUUUACAUGCGUAAGAUGGUGUUUAGGGAGGUCUUCGGCGGAAGCAUAGCAUUUCGAAAUAAGCUUUCAAGCAAUUAGCGUGUCAGAACCAAGGGUACAUUAAAGAGGUUUAACUUUUUCUCAAUUAGCAGCAUUAAUGGGGUUGUGACCAGUGAUGGGCAAAGUACCUCAAAAUUAUACUUAAGGUAAAGUACCAAGUACCUGUCGUCAUUAGUAUUUCAAGUACAGUACAAGGUACCCAAUUCCAAAUGUACUUCAAGUAAAGUACAAAGUACUAGGCAAAGUACUUCAAGUACUCAUCAAGUACAUUGCCAAUUUAAUUUGUAACACUUUGCAUUUCACUGUUUAGUAUCUGUGUCUUGCCUUUUUGUCAAAACUUUAGCGAGUAUUCUUGACAAAUGCUCUGAAGCCAUAAAGUCCUAGGUUAAGUGCUAACCCGUGAAUAUGAACUUCAUCAGAUGUCAUAAUUUGCAGUAACGUGUAGAGAGGUAAUCAGUCAGCUGUACUGUGAUUAUGCGAAAUAGUAUUAUGUCCUGACUGAUCCAAGAUCACCCGCCUAGUGUGGUGUUCCGGUACUAAUCUUCUGCUAUAACAGGCUAGGAAAUUUCAAGGGAAAAAAGUACAAGCAAACAUAUAUUAUAUAUUUCUGGGCAUUCCUUGAUGCUUUUUGAAAUACAACAAGUUCAAAAAAAGAAUAUGAAGAAAGUAAAAAAGGAUGAAGCACAAUGUAAGCCUUCAUUUUUAUACGACUGUGAUCUGCAGUAAUGUAAUGCAUGUGACCAAUUAAAAAAACGUAAAAUGUAAAAAUGAAAGCAUGUGUGUCUUUCAGAGUGUUCAUCAUGUAAUGCAAUCACACAUAUAAUGUGAUAUAAAAUGAUAAUUAAUUGCCAAUGAAGGAAACAAUAUAAAAAAGCAUAGAACCCUCCACUGGGAGAACUGAAAUGACAGUGGACCAAAUCAUUGUGCUGCUGGUUACAGUGUCCAUUCCAUUCGUUUUACAUAAUCAUAGAAGCGUUGAUACUUUUUCAACAUUUCAAGCCUCUCAACAAUAGAUUUGCUUCAAGAAAUAUGCCCUUUAAAAGCACAAAAAUCAUUUUUGGUAAAAUGUGAGACUGGGACUCUUGGUACUGCAUCCCACUAAACGCGCUAAAAUGACGACAAGAAGACGAAAACUCAGAGAUAGCCCUAUCGGUGUGUUUUCGUCUUCUUGCUGUCAUUUUAGCGCUUUUAGUAGGGUGCAUUUUUGUACUCUUUUGUGAUUUUUUGUCUGCAUUCCAAGUUUGGGUACUUGAGUACUUGAUGGGAAAGUACUGGGAAAAAUGUACUUAAAGUAAAGUACAAGUACACAGAAAUGUACUUAAAGUACUACUUGAGUACUUGAUACUUCAGGUACUGCCCAUCACUGGUUGUGACACACUACAUUGUGUACAGGUCGUACUGCACGCCAGGGUAUUGAAGAAGAAAAAAAGAAACUUCCAAGUUUCAUACUUGGACGAGAUAUAAAACCCUUGAACACACGUACUGGUCAAGCUCUGAUAUCGGAGAAGCGAGAGCUAGGUCUAUUGUGUUGGUAGGCAUGCGACCUCUCCCGCGCUGCCUCAAUGGAGGAGACACCUGCAAUGACGUCAGAGACGAAUAAGUUUCGGUUUUCAUGAAGCCGACUUCCUACGAGUCUAUUACCUCAUUUGCUGGAAAGCCUAGAAUACAGGUUUACAUCGACGCAAAGAUUGCUUCUCAUCAUUUAUUUGGCAUGACAUGGGACACAGUGUCGCAACCCCUUUAAGAAGUAACGAGUUAUUUAAGUGAUAAUGUGACAUUUGGCUGGCGACAUUUGACUCCAGCAGGCAACAUUGCUUCAGAAACAUCUCGUGAAAUCCGUGUCUAUAAAUGGUAAAUGAGUUAUGGAAUCAAUUAGGAAAAUCCUUCAUACUGUUUCGUGCUCAUUUCAUUAAAAUAUUACAAUGUUACUGAAUUAAUUUUGUGGUGCUUCGUGACCAGGAAUGUUACAAAGUGGCACCCCAAGCAGCUUUCAGUACUCUUUGCUUUUAUCGGGAGCCUCCAUAGCUAUACCUGAGUGUUAACCUGUGUACAUGCCGUUCUGCUACCGGGACCACAUAGACUUUUGUAUCCUACUGCCCGGCACUGAGCGCUGUCCAAUACUGGCCUUUACUCCCUUUUGAUACGGCUCUCUUUUGCACAUUCGCGUGUUGUAAAAUUGAACUCUGCGACAAUAAACUACCUUUUUCU